AUGUCGUUCUCCUCCUCAAAGCGAUAUUCCAUCGUCGAACCUCAUCCAUCAAUUCCUGCAUCCCACUAUGUCUCCACCGGCCGCGGUGGUGCUGGGAAUGUGACCCGAGCUCCUGCGUCUGUGACAAGCGGCAGCGAUGCGUCAGGUACGGCAGCUCGCGUGACUCUCACCGCGCCAUCCAGAGACCGCAAGACAUUCACUGCCGGGCGCGGCGGAGCAGGCAACGUCUUCCCAAGUUCCGAGCGGGCCAUUUUCAGCUUCGACGAGGAGCUCGAGCAGCAGCUCGUUCAGGAGCGCCACGCCGCACCUGUCUUCCAUGUCGGUCGCGGCGGAGCAGGAAACGUGACCUCUAGCCAACCGAGAGUCUUCGUCGAUAGUAGUGUCAGGCGCCGCAGCGAGGAUAGUAUGGGUUCGACGGGUUCUAGCGAGAGCGGCGCUGACUAUGUCAACCGCAACAUCAAGAAGGGCUUAAAGAAGAUGGCGGGCGUUGGCAAUUACAUGACCUGA